AAUAUUUAAUUUUUAUUUGAUUACUUUUGAAAUAAGUUUUCAAAUUAGUGAUCAUAAACUAAUUCGUGUACUAAAUUUUGAAAAUUAAAUGUCUCGUAAUGCCAGCAAACGGUUUUAUCGAUUGGAUAACCAUCAUGAGUUAUUAGAUAAUAUGAACUCUAAUUAUAAGAUUCAACACGAAAAUAGAUGGAGCUUCGAGGCAGCUUGGGAGGCAGCGAAUAAAGUCGGAGGAAUUUAUACUGUAAUAAGGUCAAAAGCUUAUAUUUCUACUGAAGAAAUGGGUGAUCAGUAUUGCUUAUUAGGCCCGUAUAAAGAAUCAUGUGCUAAAACUGAAGUCGAAGAAACAGAUUUUCCUCAAAAUAAUUCUUUGCAUAAAACUGUUACGAUUUUACGUGAUCAAGGAUUUAAGAUAAUCACAGGAAGGUGGCUAGUAGAUGGUAACCCACAAAUAAUUUUAUUUGAUAUUGGUAGUGCAGCAUGGAAAUUAGAUGAAUACAAACAAGAGCUUUGGAAUAGUUGUAAUUUAGGUAUUCCACACUUAGAUGUUGAGGCCAAUGAUGCAAUAAUAUUUGGUUAUCUCGUUUGUCAAUUUAUAAUUGAAUUUAGAAAAAUCUCAGAAAAUGUUUUAUCGUUUGAACCACAUAUUGUUCUUCAUUGUCAUGAAUGGCAAGCGGGAGUUGGAUUAAUUGCCUUACGAACAAGGCAUAUUAAUAUUGCUACAAUUUUUACAACACACGCUACACUUUUAGGAAGAUAUUUAUGUGCAGGCAAAACUGAUUUUUAUAAUAAUUUGAAUAAGUUUAAUGUUGACGAAGAGGCUGGAAAACGUCAAAUAUACCAUAGAUAUUGUAUGGAACGCGCUGCAGCUCAUCUAUCACACAUAUUUACUACAGUAUCUGAUAUUACUGGACUCGAAGCAGAACAUUUACUGAAAAGAAUUCCGGAUCUCAUAACACCUAAUGGAUUAAAUGUUAAAAAGUUUUCAGCUUUGCACGAAUUUCAAAAUCUCCAUGCUGUUAAUAAAGAAAAAAUUCAUGAAUUUGUUAGAGGACAUUUUUAUGGACAUUUUGACUUUGAUUUAGAUAAAACUUUAUAUUUCUUUAUUGCGGGUCGUUAUGAAUUUGGAAAUAAAGGUGCCGACAUAUUUAUUGAAGCUUUGGCAAGAUUAAAUCAUUAUAUUAAAAUAUCUAAGUUAGAUAUAACUAUUGUUGCAUUUUUAAUAUUUCCUGCAAGAACCAAUAAUUUCAAUGUGGAAUCACUUAGAGGACAUGCAGUAACAAAGUCGCUACGCGGAACAAUAAAUGAUAUACAACAAAAAAUUGGAAAACGAAUGUACGAGGCUUGUCUUUCAGGUCGUAUGCCAGAAAAUAAAGAUUUAUGUCUUAAGGAAGAUUUGAUUAAAAUAAAAAGAUGUCUAUAUGCUCUUCAACGAAAUGGUUUACCACCAGUUACUACUCAUAAUAUUACAGAUGAUUGGAGCGACCCAGUUUUAAAUUCAUUUAGAAGAUGUAAUUUAUUCAAUACUAUUAAUGAUCGUGUUAAGGUUGUAUUUCAUCCGGAAUUCCUGUCAUCUACAAAUCCACUUUUUGGUUUAGACUAUGAAGAGUUUGUUCGUGGAUGUCAUUUAGGAGUUUUUCCAUCUUACUACGAACCUUGGGGAUAUACCCCAGCGGAAUGUACUGUUAUGGGAAUACCCAGUAUAACUACUAAUUUAUCAGGUUUUGGAUGCUUUAUGCAAGAGCAUGUAGCCGAUCCAAUGAGCUACGGCAUAUAUAUUGUAGAUCGCAGAUUUAUAAGUUUAGAAGAAAGUGUACAGCAGCUUGCUCAAUAUAUGUUUGAUUUCAGUCGACUUACUAGACGUCAAAGAAUUAUCCAAAGAAAUAGAACAGAACGUCUUAGUGAUCUUCUGGAUUGGCGAAAUCUUGGAAUUUAUUAUCAACAUGCACGAGUAAGGUCAUUAAUUAAAGUCUAUCCUGAAUUAAAAUCAGAAUUUAUGGAAAGUAAAGUUAAAUGUUUAAAUUAUCCACGACCUAUAAGUGAACCUUCAUCACCUUUAAUAUCCCGACAUACCACUCCUGCAACAUCUAUUCAAGGUUCAGAUGAUGAAGAUGAAUUUGAUGAAGAACAAGAAAUAUGAGAUUCUGUAUUAAUUAAACCUCAACUUUAAUACAAAUUCUAGUUUAAAUUUAUGCACUGCAUAUCGAUAUAUACAAACAUACUUGUGACUAUGGUAACAUAAUGUGUAAUAAUAAACGCAAGUUUCUUUGUUUAGUAUAUUUAUAGAAAGGUUGGGGUUAUAAUAUGCCAUACUUUCAAAUUUAAAAAAAAUGCUUGAAUAAAAGUAAGGGUCUUAAUGCGUUAAUUUCAUGUUGUUUUACUCACAUAAUUGUUACCACAGGAUUAUUUAGUGUCCCCCCAAUUACUAAUUUUAUUAUUUUUCACGAUAUUGCAUGUUUUUAGUACAUGUUUGUUAUGUAAAAG